AUGCAAGUAAUAAUCCGACCUCCAAGAAUUUGUUCUACUACACCUUUCAUACGGUGUGACCACGUUGAAGUAAAGAGGCCAGGCAAUGCCUUUUUAAGGCACGCAAAUACAGGCCUGUCUUGGGGGGCUGAUAACGGGCUGUGCCAGCUGCUUCUGAAAGCAGGUGUGAGGGGCCCCUCGCCCCGGCGGGAAGGAACUGCCCUCUCCGAGCUGACUGACCUCGGGACGCUAAAACAUGAGGAGUAUUUUAUUGAUCAGCUGAGGUCAGAUGGAGUUGUUCAUCUUCCUCGGCGUGUUACCAAUGAAAUUGCAAAUAAUACUCGAUAUGAAUUUUACACACAAGGAGGAGUCAUCUUUGCAACAAGUCGAAUCCUUGUGGUUGAUUUUCUCACUGACAGGAUUCCUGCAAAUCUCAUUACUGGCAUUUUGGUAUACAAAGCACAUAGAAUCAUCGAGUCCUGUCAGGAGGCAUUUAUCUUGCGCCUGUAUCGCCAGAAGAACAAGCAAGGCUUCAUCAAAGCUUUUACAGAUAAUGCAGUUGCAUUUAACACUGGCUUUUGCCAUGUNGAAAGAGUGAUGAGAAAUCUUUUUGUCAAGAAACUUUAUCUGUGGCCCAGAUUUCAUAUAGCAGUGAACUCAUUUUUAGAGAAGCAUAAACCUGAAGUAGUGGAAAUACAUGUGUCAAUGACCCCUGCUAUGCUUGCUAUCCAGACUUCAGUCCUGGACAUUUUGAACGCUUGUCUGAGAGAACUCAAACGUUGUAAUCCAGCUCUUGAAGUAGAAGAUCUUUCUUUAGAAAAUGCUAUUGGUAAACCUUUUGACAAGACAAUACGUCACUAUUUAGAUCCUCUCUGGCAUCAACUUGGAGCUAAGACAAAAUCUUUGGUCCAGGAUUUGAAGAUACUACGUACUUUGCUGCUGUAUUUAACUCAGUAUGAUUGUGUCACUUUCCUAAAUCUUCUGGAGUCACUGAAAGCAAGUGAAAAAGCUUUUGGUGAGAAUUCAGGUUGGCUGUUUCUUGACUCCAGUACUUCAAUGUUUGUAAAUGCUCGAGCUAGAGUUUAUCGCAUUGCAGAUGAGAAACUGAAUCAGAAGGGCAAAGUCUCUGAAAAAAGUGAUGUAAAGAAGGAAAAUGAACUGAAAAGGGAAUUAGUUCUAGAAAGUAACCCAAAAUGGGAGGCUUUGAGAGAAGUGCUGAAAGAGAUUGAAAAUGAGAAUAAGAGCAGUGAAGACCUUGGUGGUCCAGGGCAAGUGCUUAUUUGUGCCAGCGAUGACCGAGUUUGUGCACAGCUCAGGGAGUACAUUAUUGCUGGAGCAGAAGCUUUUUUAACAAGACUGUAUAACAAGACCUUUGGAAAAGAUGAGAAAGCUACAGAAGUGUGGAUUAAGGACAGAAAAGCUGUCAAGUCCAAAGGAAAUGCCAGACCAGACACAGGCCCUCAAGCCAAAAAACCCAAACUCAUGGCUUCUUCAAAACAAAAUAAACACAAGAAGCAGCAAGACCGGACUAUAACCCAAAUGAUGGGGAAAACUGAGGAGGAAAAGAGAGAGGAGUUAGAGGUGGAAGAUAACAAAGAAUUAAGUAGUAGCCAAGAAGGCAGUAUUGAAGAGAUCGUUGCUGAAGAUUUCCACGUGAACUUACCCUCCGAUUGUUACUAUGGUAUUUUCAAGAACCCGCUCACCAUUAUUCAUCCACUGCAAGGGUGCAAUGAUCCCUAUGCACUCACUCGGGUGCUGCAUGAACUGGAACCAAGAUACGUUGUCUUAUAUGAUGCAGAACUAACUUUUGUCCGGCAGCUGGAAAUCUACAAGGCAAGCAGGCCUGGGAAGCCUUUGAGAGUCUAUUUCCUCAUAUACGGGGGCUCCACAGAAGAGCAGCGCUACCUCACAGCUCUGAGAAAAGAGAAGGAGGCCUUUGAAAAACUCAUUCGAGAGAAGGCUGGCAUGGUUGUUCCUGAAGAAAGAGAAGGAAGAGAUGACACAAACUUAGAACUAGUAAGAGGUGCUAAAUCUGCCUCUGCUUCUACUGACACACGCAAAGCAGGUGGACAGGAAGAGAAGACUGUUCAGCAAACUGUAAUAGUGGAUAUGCGGGAGUUUCGUAGUGAGCUUCCAUCACUGAUUCAUCGUCGUGGUAUUGACAUUGAGCCUGUUACUUUGGAAGUUGGAGAUUAUAUUUUAACUCCUGAGAUCUGUGUAGAGCGGAAAAGUAUCAGUGACCUGAUAGGUUCCUUAAACAAUGGAAGACUGUACUCACAAUGCGUUUCUAUGUCCCGAUACUAUAAGCGACCAAUUCUCCUGAUUGAAUUUGAUCCUAACAAACCUUUCUCCUUGAUUCCACGAGGCUCUCUACAUCAGGAAAUUUCCAGUAGUGAUAUUACUUCUAAACUAACCCUUCUUACUCUGCAUUUCCCAAAGUUACGUAUCCUGUGGUGUCCUUCUCCCCAUGCUACUGCUGAACUGUUUGAAGAGUUAAAACAAAACUAUCCCCAGCCUGACGCAGAAACAGCAAUGGCUGUCACAGCAGAUUCUGAAAUUCUUCCUGAGUCAGACAAGUACAACCCUGGUCCUCAGGACUUUCUACUAAAAAUGCCAGGUAUCAAUGCCAAAAACUGCCGUGCCUUAAUGAACCACGUUAAAAGCAUAGCAGAGCUAGUGACACUGUCAAAGGAUGAACUCUCCAAAAUUUUGGGUAAUGCUGCCAAUGCCACACAACUCUUUGACUUUAUUCACUUGACCUAUGGAGAGGCAAUAUCGCAAGGAAAAAGCAAAAGAUGA